AUGCCUCCUACCUCCGAGUCAAACACCACCGAGGACUUCUUCUCCGACCUUCAGGUUGGGAAAUGGACCUCUGCUGCCAUCGAAGCCAGGCGCGAAUGGGACCGGUUGAGGGUCCAGGAGCAGCUCAGCGGCUACAAAACGCAGCAAGCGGUUGUAAUCCGAGAGCAACUCCGAAACGACGAAAACCGUCGCAAGGGAGAGCCUCUGCGUCCGGUCGUGUUUGUCGACGAGCUGGUCUGCCUCACAGCUACGUUAUCGUACGCUGACUGGGACGAUAUGGACAACGAUGACCAUUUCCGACUGUGGACCGUCCGUGGCUGCGAGGACGCUACGUAUCAUCUCGAAUCCCUUACCAUGCAGCUGGUAUCGGAUAGAACGCCAUUCGAGCUCGGUUCCCUCGAGUUUCUCCGCUGGCAAUUGGCGAUAGAGCGAGGUGUGGAGGAGGGAAAGUUUGUCCUGGAGGAGUUGAAGUACACGGUGAACUGCCUUCUUGGCUACCAUAAUCGCAUUCAUCGUGUGCAGCACGCGCUACGCCAGCUUGUCGGCGACGACUCAACAGAAUGGCGUGAAACAGAUAGGGUCGGAUGUUUGAUGACAAAUUACAUGAUGUUGUACUGCCGUACGCGCAACUCGACUAUUGAAGCUUUUCUCGUAUUGGAUACUUAG